AUGGGCUUCUGGAAGCCUGGCGCUGGAAUUAUCCAUCAGACUGUGUUAGAGAACUAUGCGUUUCCCGGCGGUAUGAUCGUUGGCACUGAUUCGCACACGCCCAAUGCCGGCGGAAUGGGUAUGAUUGCUAUCGGUGUGGGAGGCGCGGAUGCAGUGGACGUGAUGUCAGGUUUGCCGGCUGAGUUGACCGCGCCUAAUAUCAUUGGCGUCAGGCUUACGGGAAAGCUUUCUGGCUGGGCAACGCCAAAGGUAAGAAUCAGUCUCUUGCAAAAUGCUACACAAUACUGCUUGGAGUACUGA